AUGUCUUACCUGGACUCAUCAGAGGCUACUGAUGAGGAGGAGACUUUCUACAUGCAGUGCAGAGCUGCCUACCUUAGUGUGUUCAAAUCCAGCUUGACAAAUAUCUCAUCGAAACAGGAAUUAUGUAGAGUUCUCCAGUUAGCUGGUAGAAAUCCCUCUCAAGCCACUCUUGAUAAAUACUGGAAACCAGGAACAAGUCACAUGAACUUUGAUGAUUUCUGUGACAUACUGAAAAGUGAGUGGAAAACUGAAAACAGUGAGCUGAUGGGAGUUUUCAGAAAGCUGGAUGCAAAUGGGGAUGGCUACAUUUCUCACAGCAAAGUGGAACAACUCCUUUCAACUGGAGGAGAUAAAAUGACAUCUCGGGAGCUGAAAGCCAUUUUAUCACUAAGUGAAAUCAACAAGGAUGGCAAAUUUAACUAUGUUGAGUUCUGUAGGCAUCUUGUGUCCACUGUGGAGAAAUGUCAGAUGGCCUCUUUGGUGAAGCUCCAGUCUGAUGCCAAGUUGAAGAAACAAAACUUUGGCAGUAAUCCUGACAGCUCACCAAAACCUUCCGUGAUAUCAUCGGCAACUCUCCUUCAGCCUCCAGAAACAACUUCACCAGAUCCAGACGUCACAACUCGGAAAGACAGCCGUCCAUCCUCUCGUCCUUCUUCUGCUCGCAGUAGACGAUCAUCCUUGUCAAACUCAAUCACUGCAACAUCCAGCACUAGCAAGCAGAGUCAUCACAGUUUUAUGAAGGGAUGUUUCUUCCUGGACAUGGAUGGAACUAUUAACUCACUGCAGUACCAGCUUCAUCUACCACAGACUUCCAAUGUUACCCUAAGCAUCCGCCCUAUGAGCCUCGACCAAAGAGCUGACAAGCCCUCCCCCUGGAUGAACGUGGACACAGCUCUUUUUGUGAUGUCAGCCGGUGAUACAGAAGAGGAUCUGACACUAAUGUGUUUCACUGAUACAAAAGACAAAGAAAAAUACUGUUGGAAAGGCGAACUGAAAGCUGGGAUGUACUACCUAUUGCCUUUCUCCAGCGGCUGUAGAUUAAAGAAAAGGAGCCAAAAGAACGUCCCCACUAAAUCCAUAGAUCUUGUCUACAAGACCGACACUGGAGAACUCGACUUGACUAGAGCGUUUCGGGAGACGCUGUCGGAGAUAUUUGACAUCAUCGACCUGGACGGGAAUGGUUUGCUCAGUCUUGAGGAAUACAAUUUCUUGGAGCUGAUGGUCAGCGGAGAGGAGUGCAAGAUGGGGGCGUGGGCCAGCUGCAAAGAGAAUUUUGACAUGAGAAAGAAUCAACUGACGAAACAGGGCUUUAUGGAGCUGAAUUUGAUGGAGGCGACAGAGAAAGACGGGGACUCCGAUGACCUGUGGACUCUUGUGGAAACCAUGGGCUACAACCGUAUGCUGGAGCUUGUCGAGGCUUGCCCAUUCCAGAUAGACAUUGACUGUGAGAGCACACAGCCAUCACUGCAGCCACUUAAAAUGGACUCUGGGCUCAAAAUUCUGAAUCAGGCCCUGAUGAAGUCCAUCACUUUAGAGGGAGCAGUCAAACAACUAAAAGGACAGGACAACGUGCUCAUCUACACCUACAAAGGGGAGCACAGGGUAUCCUCCCUUAUUAUUAACAAGUCCAACCAGAAAGUGACAGUCCGUGUCAACAACAAGCACAACAUCAACUGUUGCAGCAGUAGAGGACUUAGUGUAUUUGCUAUUGAGGUGCCUGCCCGGACUAAGAUGGUGUGCCAACAUGUCCUGCCCACCAGUGACAAACAGGACUGGACCUACAACUGUGCUGAGACGGUACUGUCCAGUAAAUAG